AUGGCAGAGGCACAACAGGAACAGCCACAGGCUCAUCAACCUCAGCCUGAACCUGAACCCGUCUUUGCCGCCGCUGAAGAACUAGCCCAUGCCCUCCCACAUCAAUCGCGGGCCAAGUCUCCAUUAUCACAAGCUACGCAAGAGCAGGAAAAUACCCAAGGGGCGCAGGGGCAGGUACAGGUACGGAUAGAGGCACAAUCGCAGGCGCAGGCACAGACACAGACACAGGCACAGCCAGAUGCCCACGAUUUCGAUUUCGAUCACGCACACGCACACGCACGCGCACGCGCACCAACUUCAAACUUACACUCCGCAAAUAAUGCAACGACGACAGUAGCCGCCGCCCACGCGCAGGAGCAGGAGUGGGCACAAGAAAAGGAUCGGGAAAAGGAACAGGAACGGGGGCAGGGUUACCAGCUUCUUUCGGACCACUCCACCACCGACGGCUUCAGGCCAACCUCGACACCAACCUCGAUAUCUACGCCGGCGACAGCCUCACCCGCAGCUGAUCCCGUCGCGACUACACUCGCUGCCGACCAGGCUGCUCUAUCUUCGGCGACGGUCGCCUCCAACGGCGCUCUGCCUGACCAGCAAGAGCAGAAGCAGCGCCAGCACCAAGAAGCCGUUGCGCCGUCACCGGAAGUCAUGUCGAACAACUCACCUCACCAUCCUCAGGGGCCACCUCGACAGCCCGCUAGCUACCCGAAUCCUACGGCAUAUGCGACGUCCGCCAUGGCGGCUACGCACUAUGGAUAUGCGAACCCGGCGGGUCAAGGACCGGACGCGUACCGGGCGAGCGUGGGCGUUCCCAGCAGCGCCAUGGCAUUGCCGAGCAUGCGCACGUUCGACCCAGCUCAGCAGCAGCAGCACAUGGCGAUGGCGAUGCCUGUGAACCCCGUCCCGUCGGUUCCCUCGAUGCCGGCUCAGCAGCACAUGUCCUACUUCGCACAACAACCCGUACCUAUGACUGCGAAUAACCCGUACGCCCUACCCCCCGACGCUCUAAGACCGCAAUAUGCUCUACCUCCAAGCGGACCAGGUAGCGUGCUAGGCGGUCGACACAAGAAGUGCGACGAGCAACAUCCCAUCUGCAAGAACUGUCAGAAAUCCAAACGCGAAUGCCUGGGCUACGAUCCCAUUUUUAAGAAUCAACAGCAGCAGCAUCACACCAACAUUCGACCAGCUCCCAAUAAUUCGUCGGCCUCGUCUUCUUCCGCACCGUCAAGUCGACCUCCCGCCUCAUCCACGCCCGUGUCUGGCAGCGCGCAAACCCAAACCCAAACCUAUGAUACCCUUCCCCCGGUAAUAUCUAAUACCACUCCUACUACCGCACCAUUCACCGGGAACCUGACAGCCGCGGGAACAGCUGCGUCGUCGGUCAAGGGCGAGCCCGCUCUCGAAUACCCAGCCGCUAUCGAUCCUACUUUAGACACCGUAUUGUCCACAACGAGUACGUCGCCUUCUCAUUUCCAAGCCAUCGCACCCAUUACCCCAAUUCCUCCUCACACAAGGAAGAUGAAAGUUCACGAGCUCGUGGGCAUGACCGGCACCGUGCCCCCGGCCCUCGACUCGCCCCUCACCGGCGACAAGCUGGCCGACGUGAGGGAUCUAUACGAUCAGGUCUACGCCCCCGGCCUAGAGAAGUUCUUCGAGACGGAAUGGUACACUAAACCUCAAGGCGUCGGCGCGUUGAUGUCCAGCACGGCUGUCAACGAGAUGCUGGCGGGGUUUUUGCAGUCCAUGGCCAAGACGGAUGCUAAUGACGUCGCCGGGAUGCAGUAUUCGGCGAACCUCGAAUUCAGAGUGGUCUGGGAUUUGACCACGUUGGUAUACACGUCCGAUUACAAGAUUAAUAUCGGGGAAUAUUUACCACCCCCCGACGACGGGUCCGAAGCACGAAAUCGAGUGGCGGUCUUCGAGGCCCUGUUAUCAGGCGACCACCUCGACCAGAACCCUCUUCAUCCGCCCCCCGCGAUCGCCGAUAUACGGCUUCACCGGAUUAGGGAGUUUAAGUUUUGGUAUUUCCUUGCCGAAUUCCUCCGCGUGAGAGAUCAGCCGGGCGUGGAUGCUAUGCGCCAGCGCGACUAUAUUCUUGGGCAAUUGCGCGAGCUGCUAGACGGGCGUGAAAACCGAGACGUCCUUUACUCUCUCGCCGUCAUCCGAGCGCUCGCGCCAAACUUCCCUCCGGAUUUCGAAAGCACCUUGCCCCCGCAUCUUGACGAGACCGACCCCAAAAGUAAGCUGGCCGUAGCUCGCAAGUUCGUCCAGGACGAGUCUCAAGUAACGGGGGGCACCACCAAUGUCGUCCGCCGCUUCUCCGAACUUGCGGUUAGGGCUUUUAUCGCCCCCGGGAGCAACAUCAUGCGGAGAUAA